AUGCUUCCUGCUCAGGAGGCAGCCAAAAUCUACCACACCAACUAUGUGCGUAACGCCCGAGCCAUGGGGGUGCUCUGGAUCGUUUUCACCAUCACCUUCGCCGUCAUCACCGUGGUGGUGUUCAUCCAGCCCUACUGGAUCGGCGACAGCGUCAACACACCGCAGGCCGGAUACUUCGGCCUCUUCCACUACUGCAUCGGGAACGCGCUCACCUCGGAGCUCACCUGCAAAGGGAGCGCGCUGGACUUUGGCUCCAUCCCGUCCGGCGCCUUCAAGACGGCCAUGUUCUUCGUGGGGAUCUCCAUGCUGCUGGUGGUGGGCAGCAUCGUCUGCCUCAGCCUCUUCUUCUUCUGCAACGCGGGGAGCGUCUACAAGAUCUGUGCCUGGAUGCAGCUGGCUUCCAGUACGUGCAUGGUGAUCGGCUGCAUGAUCUAUCCUGACGGCUGGGACUCUGAUGAGGUGAAGCGCAUGUGCGGCCAGCGGACUGACAAGUACACACUGGGCAACUGCACAGUGCGCUGGGCCUACAUUCUGGCCAUUAUCAGCAUCAUGGACUCCCUCAUCCUCUCCUUUUUGGCCUUCAGCCUAGGCAAUAGACAGGACAAGCUGCUGCCUGAAGACUUCCAGGUGGAGGGAAAAGGUGAGGGGAAGUGA